UGUGCAUGGCACUGGCGUACAGCAGACUCGAGCAUUUCUGCCCAAUGAGCCGCUGGAGGGGGGGAAAAGACCCUGGGGAGUGCAUGUAGCCCCCCUAACGGUGGUUUUUAGAGUGAGGGGGGUUAGAUCUCUGGGGCUGAUUUCUGUGUAGUUAUUAAUAUAUCUCCUUUUAAAAUAACACCCCCCCCCCCGCCUCCCCCAACUAUCUGAGCUGGCAGCAGGAUCCUUUGCAGAAUGAGUUCGGCGAGCAGCCCUCAAGGGGGGCCUGCACCCAAUGCACAGGGGAACGGGCACUCCGCGGUGCCCACCACCGCCGUGCCCACAGAGGAGCCUGGCAUGAUCAGCGUGGAUUUCACAGGGCUCUUCUACCAGUUCGCCAGGACUUUUGCCAUCGUUUUUCCAGUCUACGUCCUGGGGUAUUUUGGGUUGAGUUUCAGCUGGUUGCUGAUCGCCUUGGGAGUUUUCAUGUAUUGGAGUAAAAAUAAAGGCAAUAAGAAUUCCCGGCUGCACAGGGCGCUGGCGUUCUUGGAAAACGAGGAAAAAGCAGUGAAGCACACCAUAGCCACCGCGGACCUCCCUGCCUGGGUCCACUUCCCAGACAUUGAAAGAGCAGAAUGGCUAAACAAGACAGUCAAGCACAUGUGGCCUUAUAUCUGCCAGUUCAUAGAGAAACUGUUUCGAGAUACCAUAGAGCCGGCGGUGAGAGGAGCCAACACCCAUCUGAGCACCUUCAGUUUUACCCGAAUUAAUAUGGGCACUCAACCAUUAAGAAUCAAUGGUGUUAAAGUUUACACAGAAAAUGUGGACAAAAGACAGAUUAUUCUGGAUCUUCAGAUAAGCUUUGUAGGAAACACGGAGGUAGAUUUGGAAAUUAAAAGGUACUUCUGCAAGGCUGGCGUGAAGAGCAUACAGCUCCAUGGAACAAUGAGAGUUAUUCUGGAGCCGCUGAUAGGAGAUCUACCGAUCAUCGGAGCCAUGUCUUUAUUUUUCCUUAAGAAGCCGCUCCUUGAGAUCAACUGGACUGGACUUACAAACCUCCUGGAUAUUCCUGGUUUGAAUGGUGUGUCCGAUACAGUUAUCCUGGAUAUUAUAUCAAAUUAUUUGGUCCUUCCAAACCGUAUUACUGUCCCUCUUGUAAGCGAUGUGCAGAUUUCACAGCUGAGAUUCCCUAUACCGAAGGGGGUUCUGCGGAUAUAUUUUAUCGAGGCACAGGAUCUGAUGUGGAAGGAUACCUACAUGAAGGGACUGGUUAAAGGCAAGUCUGACCCGUACGGCAUUAUCAAGCUCGGCAGUCAAAUAUUCCAAACCAAGGUCAUCAAAGAAAAUCUAAACCCUAAGUGGAAUCAAGUGUAUGAGGCUUUGGUUUAUGAACAUCCGGGCCAGGAGCUGGAAAUCGAGUUGUUUGAUGAAGAUACAGACAAAGAUGACUUUUUGGGCAGUCUCCUGAUUGACCUGACGGAGGUGGAGAAGGAAAGAGUGGUUGAUGAAUGGUUCUGUCUGGAUGAUGCUACUAGUGGAAAACUGCAUUUGAAAUUAGAAUGGCUCACACUGAUGUCCACAACCGAGUAUCUCGACCAGGCGCUCACAAGCGUUAAAGCUGACAAAGACCAGGCAGACGAUGGCCUGUCCUCGGCUAUUCUCAUUCUGUAUUUGGAUUCUGCGCGGAGUUUGCCUAGUAUCUACGAAGGGCGCUUGGGCUGCGGCCGCUUUAAAGAAAGAAAGGCUUCCGGACUUAUCUUUUGUGAAAACACUUCCUCAAUGUAUAGAGCUCUCUGUUCUGGGAAGAAGAUUGGAAGCACCCCCAACCCGUUGGUGCUGUUUUCUUUGGGUCACACUGUGCAGGAGAGUAAGGUUAAGUACAAGACCAUUGAACCGGUGUGGGAGCAGACGUUUACCUUCUUCGUCCACAAUCCUAAGCGACAGGCGCUCGAAGUGGAGGUUAAGGAUGACUUUCACCAGAGUUCCAUGGGCAACCUGAGAAUUCCGCUGAGCCAGUUACUGAACAGCGAAGACCUCACUAUCAAUCAGAGGUUCCAACUGAAUAACUCCGGGCCCAACAGUACCAUUAAGAUGAAGAUUGCGCUCAGGAUACUCUAUGUUGAGAGGCCGGUACGUUCUCCUGAUGACCAGCACACGUCCCAGGUGAAAAGGCCGUCCAUAUUCAAGGGGAAAGCGCCCCCUACCCCCCAGACACCAACGCCUGCGGCGGUGCAGAAACCUCCACCGACACCCAAACUAGAUGGUAUUCAGAAAACUGAGAACGGGGAGAAAGGAAGCCCGACGAAUCCGAGUCCCCAGAGACCAACCGAUCUGAACAAAAGCUCGUCCAGCCUGUCCGGUUCCAGCUUCAGCUAUUCUCCGUCGCACAUAUCCGCCAUGAAGGAGCCCACGCCGAGCAUUGCUUCCGACAUAUCCACCCAAAUGGCCACGCAUGAGCUACGCCAGCGGCUCCGGCAGCUUCAGAAUGGCACGUCAGUGGGUCAGUCUCCCCUCGGACAGAUCCAGCUGACGAUCCGGCACAGCUCCCACAGAAACAAGCUCAUGGUGGUGGUACAUUCCUGCAGAAACCUGAUAGCGUUUUCAGAAGACGGCUCUGAUCCCUACGUCCGAUUGUAUUUAUUGCCAGACAAGAGGCGGUCGGGCAGGAGAAAAACCCAUGUACAUAAGAAGACACUAAAUCCAGUAUUUGACCAAACGUUUGAAUUCAGUGUUUCGCUGCCAGAGAUUCAGAGAAGGGUAUUAGACGUGGCUGUGAAGAACAGCGGGGGAUUCUUAUCCAGAGACAAAGGACUUCUUGGAAAGUUAAUGGUAGAUCUAAACCAAGAAGAAGUUACUAAAGGAUGGACUCAGUGGUACGAUCUCACCGAAGAUGGUACGAGGUUAUCUGUCACCAACUAGACACUCCGCCUGAAAUAUCUUUCACCUGCAGACACAAUUGUAUCGAGCGCACUAAAUGUGUCAUCGUUUUUGUCGAUCCAUAUAUUUCAUUAUCUGCCCCUGAGGCCAUUUUAUUUUUUUAAAACUCGUAUAUAUAUUUUUUUUUACAUCGCUUUGCAGCCUCUUGGUAAUUUCUGCUAUCAAGCUUAAUCAGCCUUAAGUUUUAACGGUCUAAUAUUGUGCAAUAUUAUUGUUUUUUAAUGCAAUUAGAACGACGCCUGCAUUCCUUUUUACAGAGAAACAGGUUUGCGUAUCACAGGCAAGGAUAGGAAUCCCCCCCCCUGUGCUGGAUGAGCAUGCUGGGAGUUAAAUGCUGGGAUUCCAGAUACCCGAUUUGUUUUGUAUAUCUCCACUGUAUACCAUGUAAAUAUGUACUAUUUUUCUGUUUUGUGAUACUGCUAUUGUUGGUUCAGUAUCGAUUUGAGUUUAAAUGAUAAUUUAAUUUUGAGGGGCCAGCUCUUCACGCAUUUAUUAAAGGUAAAAAGAUGAGCUUAAA